GUUCGUUUGCAUCAUUAAUCAUUUCACAUUUUGCUUCGUGUUCGCUGUACCAGUUACCAAUGUGUUUCAAUUUAUUUACCUAGAUACAGAAAGUAGAAACUAGAAAGUAAACAUAAAUUUAGUCUUUUGAAAUAAAAGCGUUCUCAUUUUAAUAUUUACAUAUCUCGUACAUAAUAAAAUUAAGAAUAUAUACCUCGAUACAAAUAAAUAAGCAAUAGUUACGUUAAUCGAAACAAGUGCCUGAACGUAUAGAAUAAUUAUUCUUUUGUUAUUCUAUUUGAAAUAGUCUUUCUAUAAGAUUAAUUAAGUGUUACGCGUUUUAACUAGUAUUGCAAUGGUCCGAGCUGUUUUCUAGCAUUGUCCAGUGGUGUGAAACAAUUUGCAUGAGGUCGCGACGGCGCUGUGGUUACAUACGCAUGGAAGCCCGGCGGACUGCUGACCCCGCGCUGCACACGUUGCGCGCGCAGUUUCGCCGAGCGUUGCCGGAAUGGACCGCGCACGCCUCUCGCCGUCGCCGGAUCGCGAGAAUCAUAGGCCGAUCCAAGGACGAUCCAGCGGAACCAUCGACACGGCCAUUGCGCCCACGGAGGCCUUAAACGACCCAGAGACUCCGCGGCCCACGCCGCGCGCGUUGCCUUGUAUACCCGAGGGUGAGCCCUUGCUCCGCGACCCGCUCAGUGUCAGUGAAGUGCCGCGAAAAAAUGGACGAUUGCUCCAUGUCAAAUUCGAUACGCAAUCUCCGCCCGCGCCAGAGUCUCUUACCGGCUCAUCUUCCAGCUCAAGUUCCGAUGAUGAAGACGUCUCCAUCACAGAAGCGCGUCCGCCAGAUGGGGGCUGGGGAUGGGUCGUCGUGUUUGCCUCAUUCAUGGUUAAUCUCAUCGCUGACGGCAUUACGUUCAGUUUCGGAGUUUUCCUUCCAUAUUUUCAGGACUACUUUGACGAGGGCAAGGGAAAAACUGCAUGGAUCGGCGGGAUUUUCAUGGCGAUGCCACUAUUAUCCGGCCCCAUUGCUAGUUUUCUGACGGAUAGAUAUGGUUGUCGACGUAUGACCAUUUUUGGAUCUAUUCUCGCAGCAAUAGGAUUUGUAAUCUCAGCAUUUGUAGACAAUAUUGAAACAUUAUUUUUGACCUUUGGUAUUAUGGCCGGCUUUGGAUUAAGUUUAUGUUACGUGGCGGCAGUAGUGAUAGUUGCAUACUAUUUUGAAAAGAAACGAUCUUUAGCUACCGGUAUAUCACUCUGCGGUAGUGGGAUUGGUACUUUUAUAUUUGCCCCAUUAACAUACAUAUUACUCGAUGAGUAUGGUUGGCAGGGAACAACACUCAUACUUGCCGGAUUGUUCUUAAAUAUGGCAGUAUGUGGAUUGCUGUUCCGAGAUCUUCCGUGGACAGCAACAAUGAACGAAGAGAGGGCAAAAGAACGAAAGAGACGAAGGGAAAGAAAACGGAAUAAACGCUACGAAUCAUCUGCAGAUAGCUUGUCUGACAGUAAAAGCAGCGCAGCAGGAUCAGGCAAAAUAGGAGAUAAUCCAGAUAUUGAAGCUGUAACAGCAACGAUUGUACCACAAUUUAGUUCGCUGGUUGAUCUACCCACCUUUAUGACCGGCGAUGAAGGUGUUCCCUUGGAAAUAUUUGAAAUGAUGUCAAACCGCGGCAGAGCUUACGCGAUUUUAGCCCAGAAUUACCCAGGCGUGAUGUUGCCGUCUAGAAGUUUUAGUGACAGCGGUCGUCUUAACGAACAAUAUCCGCAUAAAGCGAUUUUGUCGCCUGGUUGUACCUCACCGGGACCAAUGUCUCCUAAUACUGUAACAGCCACAAAUGCAUCACAAGCACCUAUAAAUGAUAAAGCAGCUUUAUCGUUAUGGUUAAAAAGGCAGGGAACUGGUACCACAAAGAAACCACCAGCGUUUUUGAAAGAUUUGAGGAUACACAGACACUCUUUAACGUAUAGAGGCGCUAUGCUUAACAUAAACCGAUAUAGGCUAAGAGCUUCGUCGUGUCCUAAUAUAUUUAGAAAUUCUAUGACCACCAUUGCUAAAGAAAAGCUGCAGUGGUACGCUGGUCUCUGGGACUUUUGGGAUCUCGUUGUGGACGUCCUGGACUUCUCUCACUUCCUGAACCCGGCGUUCCUUGUAUUUGCGAUCUCCAAUUUUCUUCUAUACAUGUGGUAUGAUGUGCCGUACAUGUAUACGUCGGAUUACGCGCAAAGCAUUGGCUUCAACGCGUCAGAGUCAGCCAUGCUGAUAUCUAUCAUCGGGAUCCUCAAUAUGAUUGGCGAAAUCUUGCUUGGCUGGGUUGGCGACUGGGAGUCCGUGAACCCAAGCAUAGUAUACGCUGGAUGUAUGGUCCUAUGUGGAGCUGUGACCCUCAUAAUGCCACUACUGACCUCAUACAUAUCAAUGGCAGCGGUGUCCGGAGCGUUCGGAGCGUUUAUAGCAGCCAACUAUUCGUUAACCAGUAUUAUACUGGUAGAGCAAAUUACGCUUGAGAAAUUUACUAAUGCCUAUGGAUUGUUGCUGUUAAUACAGGGUGUCGCAAAUCUUGUAGGCCCAUCGUUUGCUGGCUGGGUGAUCGAUAUCAGAGGCUCCUACGAUCUCUCUUUUUACUUAGCGGGUGUGUUCAUCGGCAUCUCGGGAUUAGUUCUUCUCGUCUUACCAGUGUACCAACAUGCGAGAAAACGACGUAAGCGACACACGCAAGCGACUAUCAAUGGCGAUGUUAAAGCCAAUGGAAAACUUAUGGCAUAAGUGUGAGAAUUUGAAGUCUUAAAAAUAACAAUUUUUGUCAUCAAAAUAAUUUGUCAGACGGAAUUUAUAAGCGUAAUUAGCUUCCAGUUAUGAUAAGAAGCAAUAAUACGAAUAGUUGAACUAAUUUGUUUGAUCUGGAAAAACAAAGAUAUUGAAUGAUUCAAGAUGAUAUUAAGUCUGAGUUGUACGCUUUAUAAAUUUCUCGCUUUACUCCAAGAGAUAACUCAAGUCAUAAUCUCCAUUUAACGUUAGUCAAACUUCGAGCGGAAACAAAAAAUCAUAGUUCUUGAAACUAGAUUUAAAAGAUCUUCUGGAAAAGGGGCCUACGACCAAAUUUAUUUUUUUGAUCUGUCAAAAGAGACUGUCAAAGACCUAUAUCAAGGGAACUUUUUUCUAGGUCAAAAAAUUAUGUAUGCACGCAAUAUGAAGAGACGCGAAAACAUUUGUACGUGGCUCCAAUAGUGAAAGUUAAAAAGACUACUAAAAGUUGUAUUUGCUAUUUCAAUACAAUUUUUCACUUAACCAAAUAUUUUGUCACUGGUUUUUGACUUCAAAGUAUACAAAGAAAGUAUUUUUUACAAGGAAAACAUGAUUAUAAUUGUCGCCAUUUUGACGCAUAACGAAAUGUGAGAUGUAAUUGAAUUAGAUUUAAGAAGUUAGUUAUUAUAAGAUUAUUAUGGUUCAAAUAUUUAAUAUAUCAAUAGUUUAAACAUUUACUAAUCAAAUAUCUAUCUAUCACUAUCGUAACAUAUUUUACAUAUACUUUUAUAGGAUUCACGCGAUUUGAGAAAAAAAUAUGUCAUCCGUGAGAAGGAUUUAUUAAUUAUAUUAUUAAAUAUGUAUCCUUUACAUAUAUACUCGAAGUGAAUUUUAAUACUUGUCUCAAUAUCAUAACUUGUAUAAUAUUUUCGAAAUUAAUUCCAUUUUCAUUUAUAAUAUCUAAUUCUGUAGCAAAUUUUUAACAAUAUUCAACUGAUAUAAUACCACACAAAUAUAGAAUAAGAAAUUAGACUUGAUUAAUUCAGUCUUCCCACAUACUCCAUAAACAUAUUCUAAAUAUAUUUCAAAUGGCCUUAGAUUCCCGUAGACAUAGACAAUGCUAGAGAUGUAGAUAAUAUUAUUAUAUUAGGUGUAGAUAAUAUUUUUAGAUUGACCUAAUGUUUAUCUGUAUCGGUUGAUUGAUAAGUGAAGGAGAAAAUGUGAACUGUCUGUGGAUGUAAUAAUUACAUGUCGAAAUACAAAUUAUUUUUUCUAUAUCUAAAUAUGAGUUCCAAUUGAUGAGCCGUCGAUUUUUCUAUAUGUGAUGCAUUUGGCAACUGGUAUUUUUCAUAGAAAAAGCUAUGACUCGCAAUUAGUUAAUAUAUUUAAACAGCGUGAGUGAUAGUUACUUAAAUGAACCACAAAAUUGACACUGAUUCCUUAUUUAGGCGGCUGUAAUUUUAAGUAUGUGCUAAGUUCUUGCUUUGUGUGAAGAUGAUCUUGCGAUCUCUGAUUCAAUUAAUAUUGAAACAAGUGCAGUGCGUUUAUAACUGGACUUUUAAUUAAUCAGGUUUUUUAUUAUUUUUAUAUGCGUAUGAAUACGUUGCAUAGUUUGAAGUGUACGUAUUACGUAUACAAUUAUCAAAUUAAGAAUGUUUAUAUUUACACAAAUAUGGCACAGAAAACAAAAAGAUUUUAACACCCAUUCUCAUAGACGUACUAUAGUACUAAAACUGUUUAAUCCUUGUGUCAUUUAGCAAAAUACGUCACUGUUUCCAUGGUUACCAUGUGUUUCCCAAGUAUUGACGUGUAUAGUACGUUUAUUAAGGUAGACACGAUUUUCUAUACAAUAAACUAACAGUGUGCUGUCAUGUAAUGUUAUAAUAAUUAUAAUUUUGAACUUAGUACCCGUUUAACUUGUUAUAUUGUAGUGAUUACAAGUUUCUAAUCAUAAGUGAGAUUUUUCCUGACUUAAUAUAUCUUUGAUCUAGAUUGAUCGCCUGUUCAUAAUAGAAUAAGUGUAAAAUCUAUUUUAUUCUAAAGUUAAUGUUAUAUUGUUGCGAUUUAUAGAGGUUCUAUGUAUUCGUACAUAAGUAUGUAUUUUGAGAGCAAUAAAUAUAUAGGCAGUGAGACUUGAGCACUAAGAAAUAUUAGAGUUAAAAGGGCUAUUUGAUUGUGAAGUUCAACGGUUCACAAAACCACUAAAAUGUUUUACCAUCGUUUACUAAAGUGAAAAUGUAAUCGAAAUUCAAUUUCCUUGUUCGUUACUUUAAUCAAUUCAGAGAAAACCUUAGGAGAUUUUUUUACCAUAUUUCUUUUUAAUGGUCGUCAUUAUUAUCUCUAUGGAGUUUGGAUAAAAAAAGGAAGUUUCACGAUAAAUCGAAUGACUUUACACUGUGGUUUUUAGAUUAUCCAAUACUAUACGACCCAAUAGGUAUAUACAAACUGAGAAAAGCAGACAUGACUUGAUAUGAUUGUGAGAAACGGUAAUAAUUCAAAAAUGGAACGCUACAAAACGAAUCUAUAU